AUGCUGAAGACAACAAAGUCACGUAAUGACACUGCUGUACAAGGUACUAAUGAUAACAGCAUUGUUAGUAAAUGUUCCAUGGCAACACAAGGAUACUUCAAAGAUGAUUACCUGAAAUUAUUUGUCGGCAAAUCCAGUAGAAGAUCACCUUUAAUUAAUAGAGGAUAUUACAUCCGGGCUAAAGCCGUAGAUCAUAUUGUCAACAAGUACUUACAGUUGGAAAAUGAAAAGAACAAACAGAUUGUUUCACUAGGUGCAGGAUUUGAUGCUGCCUAUUUUCGUCUCAAACACUCUGGUUGCCUAAAUAAGUGUGUUUAUAUCGAAGUGGAUUUUGUUCAUGUUGCUCAACGUAAAUCAAUAAUCAUUGAAAGCAAACAUGAACUUUCAAGUUUGAUUGAUACCCCACUGCAAGCUGAUCCAAGCAAUGGGAUUGUUCUGAAGUCUGAAAGUUACAACUUACUUGGCAUCGACAUGACCAAGUUGGAUGAGUUAUAUUCUGCACUGGUGCUUUGUGGGAUAGAUUUCUCAUUACCUACACUUCUAUUAUCAGAAUGUGUCAUAACUUAUAUGUCUGUAUGUAGUUCCAAUGCGUUGAUUACUUGGGCUGCUAAGAUGUUCCAUAAUUCCAUCUUUGUUAACUAUGAACAGAUUCUCCCAGAUGAUGCUUUUGGAAUUGUCAUGCAGAAUCAUUUCAGAUUACUAGGAUCACCAUUAAAAGCAAUCCAGACUUAUUCAACUACUGAGAAACAGCAACACAGAUAUGAGACUCUCGGUUGGAAUGUUGCUAUGGUAACAGAUAUGAAUGCCUUUUAUUACAAUGUGUUAUCUUUAUCCGAAAGGCAAAGAAUUGAAAAAUUAGAACUCUUUGAUGAAUUUGAGGAAUGGCAUCUGAAGUGUGCCCAUUAUGUUGUAGUUUGUUCAUACCAAGGGUCUAUGCGAAGAUUAUCCCAUGAAGUAAUGCCAGUCUCUAUGAAAUCAAUACAUGCCGAAAGUAAAGACAGGCUACAUUGGAAAGAAUUUGAAAAAUCUUAUUAUAUUAGAAGAUUCGGGCAUGAAUGUUGUCGACUUGAAACUGGUGAAGUGUUGGUUUUUGGUGGAUUUGGUGAGGUUAAUGGCCAACAUGCCAGGCUUAGUAAUGUUAGUUUACUAGACACUGCAACAAACACACUUCAUACAGUGAAACCAGCACAUAGUGCAAUAGGUGCUAGGAUGUUUCAUUCCAUUUGCCAUUUGGCACAAAACAAGGUGUUAUUACUUGGUGGCAGAACGUCCCCUUCUAAACCAUGCAAGCACAUAGAAGUACUGAGUUUGCAAAAAGAUGAAGAUGCCAACUGGUUUUAUGAGUAUCACGAAAUAGAGUGCUCAGGUGAUCUACCAAAUCCAAGAUGGCGACAUAGUGCAGAUAAGGUUGUCAUGGACAACCGUGAAUACAUUGUUGUGUUUGGAGGAAGAACAGCUGAUAAGUUGUCUAUGGAGAAUUGUUACUUGUUGGAUGUGAAUUCCUGGGUUUGGUACAUGGUAUCGAUUAGCUCCGAUAGUUCAGUACCACAGGGAAGACAUUCCCAUUCAUCAGUUUCUUGGAACCAUAAUAAGAUUAUAAUAUCUGGUGGCUUAAGUAGUGAAUUGAAAGCUUUCAAUGAUCUGUAUCUUCUACACUGUGAGAAGCCGCUGGAGUGUAGAUGGCAAAAAUUACAGCUGGAACCAGAAAUGGAACCCAGGUAUUCACAUUCAUCGGCAGUAGUGAAAGAUUCAUUGAUUCUAUGUGGUGGUGUCAAUCCUGAUUCAUUCUCUUCACCUGGUCUCACAAUACUCAACUUACAAACAUUAACUUGGAAAAACUAUCGUCUUCCGAUUCAGGAUCCAAAAUUACCCAUGAUGCUUCAUAAUCACUGUUCCAUCGUAUUACCUGAUGACAAUCUACUAGUCAUUGGUGGAGGAGGAAAUUGUUUCUCAUUUGGAACGCAUUUCAAUUCAACACCGGCUGUACUGAACUUGGAAAAUAUUGAACUUUAA